AUGGUUGAGGCUCGGUUUUGUUUCUCCGGAUCCUGUGUUCGAAUCCCCUCAUGCACCAUUACACAUUUUGCAACUAUUUUUUUUAGGAAAACCUUAAACGACGCCGUUUUUGGAUCCAAAUCGGCAAUCCCAAACACCAGCCGGCAGCCGGAUGCAUCAUCGCUCUCCUCCGUAGAGCAAAAUGCGAGUCUCGAAGCCACAAAGCACUACAGAGGGGUUCGACGAAGGCCUUGGGGAAAGUACCCGGCGGAGAUCCGAGACCCUAACCGGCGCAGAUCUCGUGUAUGGCUCGGGACCUUCGACAUAGCUAUAGAAGCGAUCCUCAACUUCCCACUCGAGGUCGGGAACUCGGAUACAACCCCGGAGUCUGGCGAGAGAAAACGACGUCGUGAGGAGGAGGAAGUGAAGGUAGCGGUCGUCAAGAUUCAAGAAGGAGAGGUCGACGGAAUCGAAGGAUACGACCGGUACUUCUUCCACGGAUGUCCCAUUUCCGAUUGGAAGCCAUCCGAAUUCCGAUCGGAGUUCCUAACUCCGAACUCCGAUCGGAGUCGAACUCCGACUCCUCGUCGGAGUCGGAGUCGGAGUGAACUUCCGGUUCCGACUCCAGUCGGAGGUCGGAAAUGGCAAUUCCGACUCCGUCGGAGUCGGAGCCCAGGAAUAACGAAGGACUGUAAAAUUUUUUUACCAUAA